AGCAAGUGUUUGAAAUCGCAUACGUGUGACGCACGACGUUAAAUCACUUAGGAGGCUUUGUCUUAGUGUGGUGCUUCCGAUGAAAACGUUGAAGUGGAAUUUACUGACUAAAGAGAACAUUUUAUACUAGACUGUUUUGCGGCGCGAUUUACAUUGAUUCUCGGGCUGUCCUGCGCCGGGUUCGCUAAUUUAGAUGCUACUUAAGAGUUUGUUCCAGCUAUGUGACCACACUAGUUCUGCAUAGCAAAAUGAGCAUGGAGGGCGGGACUGCGACAUCUUCGGCGCCGCCGAAGAAAGAACCGCCAGGGGAAGACGAGGCGCGUCAGAAGUUGUGGUCCAUCACCACAGAAUACGAAAACCUGCUGCAGGUACAGAACCAGCAUUUCGAGUCCGUUCUCGCGACGAAGGAUAAAGUCAUUGACCAGUUAAAAGCUGGGAAGCCGCCGUACGACUUUUCCGACCCUGGCGUUGUUAGUGUUGCUGUGGAGGAGCGGGAUCGCGAGAUACGGCUCUACAAAUGCCUGCUGGAGAUCCGCGACAAGCAGGUACCCGAUAUUUUCGCUGCGCCGCUGCAUCAUGUCGCAUUUUGUCGUCUUGGACGAGCGGCUAACGAUAUUUUUGAAUCCGCAUAUCCUUCUACCAACUACUACAGCUUAUGGAGCUUCAACACGUCAUCGAUUAUGGCGCUGGAACGGCAACUCCGGGCGACAUGUCGGACCUUGCUUCCGAGAAAAACGCACAGAUACAAACGCUCAUGGAUACGUAAAAGGACACGCUUUAAUGAGGUCGCAUCGGGUCACACACUUCAUAUGCAUGUCGAAAGAGCUCCAAUUUCUCUUCACUUCGCUUAAACUGCGAGUGGUCAACAUUGCAUGUCAAUCUCAUUGACUGAAGCUGAUGGUGUCAGUUUUGUUCCAUAGCGGAUGAAUUGCAAGUGCUACGGGAAGAAGUCUUGCAGAUGGUACUCUUUGUCAUUACCUUCUACACUUCGCGUUGCGCCAUGUGCUUGUGCUCCGGGUGAUGUUGCGCAGUAUUAGCGAGAAGACGCAGUUCUGCGAAUCCUCACAACAGUUAGACAUUUUGCUCAACAGAAAUCAUCGUCGUCCGCCCGUGGGCCAGUAGCGGGUGUCACGACGAGCACCAGCGAUGAGCUACAACAGCUACGGAAGGAGAAAGAAGAUCUCGAGAAGAUCGUGCUGCAAAAAGAAAAGCAAAUCCAGGCCAUCAGUACAAUAGACACCACCAACAACGACAUCAGUGCGCUGCAGCUAGGUGUGUACGAUGUUUAGGCAGUUUGCUUGAUCGUUGGGCAUGCAUGAUGUUGACUAUUUGUGUUUUGCACCGUUGCGCAUCUUGAAUCACCCAAACCAAAGGCGCGCGUGCGAUUUCCAUGUACACGGAAGCGAUGCAGAUGCGACAGGAAAUCAAAGACCGAGAUGGCACGAUUGCAAGCCAGGGACAGGAGAUCGCAGACUUGGAACUCAGAGUAUGACGAGGCAGAAUUGUGUCGAAGUACAAUCGGCAGCCGCAUUUACAUACCGCGUUCGCGGUGUAACAAGGAUAACAAGGCUAGUACAAGACCUAUGUUCAUGCAGUAAGAUUGUUCAGCUAGCGGAAAAUUGGAAUAUCUUGACACUGAGCUCCCUGUCAUAUCCUGACCAGCAGCGUCAAACCGAGUUGGAGCAAAAGCGCGGUGAAAUAGGUGAUAUGACGAAGGUGAUAGCAGAAAAAACCCGGCGCGUCCUGGAACUGGAGAACGCAUUACAGGCCGCUCGACAGGAUGUGGCAGACAAGACUCGUGAAAUCGAGGGGCUGUACUGAAGUUUUUUUCGUUUCGCCAAACCUCCGCACGCCCUCCCCUAGUGCAGGAUAAAUGAUGAUGAUGAUGUUUCCCAUUCGUUUUUUUCUCGCUUGCUUAGGUUCUUCUCAUCUGUGCGAUGCGCUCCUGCGGAAUACUUUGCUUGCGUUAUGAUCUUCUAUGUGCCACAACCUUCUUUUUGCAGGUGCGACGCGGUGGAGCAGGCACGCAAAAACACGCUUGCAGAACAGGGUGCAUAUGCAGAUUGAAUCUUCCAUCAGUGCAUUGUGCUAUUGAGCUUCUGCGUUUCUACUUGUCAGCAGAAAAGCACUCGCAUUCGCAGCAUUGCCACCGAGCAUCAUCUCACCAGCAUACCUUGAUCUGGGCGACUGUCAUCCCACCGUCCCAAGCUAUGAAAGACAAGUGCAAAACUGCAGACUCACACACGUCAUGAGAUGGAAGGUUUUGCUCUGAAACGGAAAAGAAUCGAAUCAUCGAGGAACUGCGAGAGGAGCUUUCCAUCCGGGACCGAACUAUUUUAGAGGAGCGCGCCGAGCGCGUCCGUAUGGAGACGCUAAACGAGGAACUGCAGGGCAAGUCGGGUGAGACACUCCAGCAGCUCAAGGAAGCACAGUCGACCAUGGACCAAAUGAUGGCACAUACGCAGUAUCAAGGUCAGCUCGUGCGCGACAUGACAAGUCAGGUACUUCUGAUCUACAUGCGGAUAAGUAAUUGGUCGCCACCGACAACCGCGCAGUUGCAGGAGUCGGUGGUCUGGCGACAGUGACGGGCCCGCUCGUUCGGCAAGGUCGAUCAGAAUACAAACCAAACACAAUUUUUUUGUCAGGUGCAAGAGUCGGAGGCGAAGCUACACACGCUGCAAGUGCAAGAGAUGUAUGAGAAACGGCGGCGUGUCCUGGAGGAAAAGAUUCGCGAGCAGGAGACCGCCGAAGUACUGCAGAGCAAGGACAUUUUGCUCAAUCAGGUGUCUCUCGAGUUGAACGAAACGCGGGAACGGCUCGGAAACAUACGGCGCGAUCUCGAACCGGCCAACGCAGCGCUCAACCGGUCGUUGUUGGGCGGUACCACCAAGGUGAACCUGCAUAUGAGCACGCGGUCUCAGGCGGCGUCGGAAUUCUCGCCCGCCGCCGGCAACCGCACAGGGCCGAGCAAUUCCCCACAAGCACAGCUGCUGCCGCAACCUGCCCAGGUCCUAGGUCCGGGCGACGAGACCCAGCGGCAGCUAGUUGCCGCGCUACAGCCGAAUCCGGCCACCCUUCCCAGCGCAAUUUCGCUGCUGGGAACCACGCAGGAACAACCGAACCUGAGCACGCUGUCGAUGGAGGAGGAGCAAGUUCAGUACCAGCCGUAUCCGGACGAUUUGCUAGAUGCCCAGCUGGCAAACUACUUGCUGGAGAACCCGAAGCAUGUGCCGCUCUUUUGCCGUCUCUCGCACGGACAGUACCUCUACGGCACACACCGCGUCAGCAUGCGGCUCCAGGAGCGGGCAGACAACCAGCGCGUCAUCGAGGCUUUGGGCAGCGGCGGCAACUGGGUUCUCCUAGAGGAGCUGCUCCGAGACAAGCUGGGUCAAGCGCAAAUGUUGUAUAACAGCCAACAAGCCUGAAGUUGACCAGUAUUGGCGGACGUCGCUUCUCGCUGGCGAUAGGAAUUAUUCGAAUAGUUGUACUCGCAAGACGAGAAACGGAAACUUGAAACUGAAACAUCUGAUGCAUGGAAAAAGCACACGCAAGAGAAUUUAUCAAAAUGCAAUUUCGUGUUGCGCAAGUAGUGCGCAUGCACAGAGAAUGGUUGUUGUAAGUAUUUUCAAUUUGCAAUAAAAAAUCCGAUUGUAGUGAACUUCGCUGCAUCCGCAUCGGUAGAGACAGAGAAAAGUUUUUAGUGUAAUCAAGGCAAAGGUCCGUCUUUGUCAGUAAGUAUUCAGAAAACAAGGUGCACAGAUCUGGUAAAUUUUUUUUUACGAAAUGUAAUUGAACCGACUUUCUGGUUAAAAUGGAUAGUCGCGUUCGCAACGAACAAUGGCCUGGGAUUGAAGACGCAGGUCCACAUAAUUGUACCAACUACUUGUUAAUUUAACUUUUUUUCACCAACAGAAAGACCAAACCAUCUUGUAUUGAACCUUUUGUCCCCAUUUCUCCCCGACAUCGUGCCUUCUGGACACCCGUACUCGUGUGGCCUGGCGCCAUGCAACAAAGUUUCCUUUCUGGUAACUGGAGGCACGUGUUUCGCUUGACACCUGCACGACAAUAAGCGGAGCAGCGAGCGACGAGCGUGCGUCAGCCUAACCAAAACGGUGGACGCAUGAGAGGGCAGCAAAUCG